UUAGUAAAAAAUGUGGAGGAAGAUCUGAACUCCUCUGGCCCAUGUAAGGACGUUGCCUUCACUUGAGCCUGCGUGUCCUCAUCGUUCAGUCAUGCGGGUCCUCCUCCUGCUGGUGACGUCACACAUUAAACGGAGUGGAGGAGGAGGAGAAGGAGGAGAAGGAGGACUUUGUUGUGGUUGAGGACCAACCCCACUUAUCAGAAGGCAACGAUCAGGGAGAGCUACGCUUCUACUGUUAGGGACGUUUCCUCCAAGACAUGGAAGAAUGAACGCCUGCACAGAGAGGAACUUUGCUUACUUCACGGACUUUGAAUGGAGAUGGAGCUCGUCGAGAAAAAGAAAGUUGCCUCUUCAACCUGCUACAAGACUUACUAGAGGACAAAAAUGUAUUCUUGUGCAUGGAUGAAUGGACAGCACCAACAAGCUGGACCACAUUCACAAUCUUCACAAGUUUCUGUUCCACUUAUCCAUGACACAAUGAGGAACCCGCAAACAGGGACAGCAGAUGACUUGUCUCAGUACAGGACAAUGAACACGGGAGUCCGACCUCCACAAAUUGCCAAUUUCAACUUUCGAGAUGGAGCUUGCUCUAACAGACAGAUGUCAAAUUGCAAAACCUCAGCAGUUCCUCAUCAGGCAGUUUCUUCCCAGCAGCCAGUUCGAAGGCAUCAGAAGAAUCAUCUUCUGAAGUUCUUUCUUGGCCACCUCAACGCGACAGGUAUGCGAACUGGAGACCGCUGUUUGCCAGCCAGUAAUGAAUUUCAGGCUGUCACUAUGCGUAAUUUCUGUAAAAAGUCUGCUCAGAAAUCAAAAACCCAGGCUCCACCCAGCAUGGUGACUACGUCCCAUCAGCAAGACAUGUCAGGACUUUGGAACCAACCAGUUACAGCUCAGUGGCAACCAACAAUUAGGACAGAGGACGGUAACAUUGUGUCUGAUCCCCAACGUUGUAGAGUCCAGAAUACCUUGUAUCAAAAUGUAAACAGACAGUCGACUAAUCCGUAUCAUGCACACAUUUCAACAGCUACCUCGUCUCCAUAUGAACAGGCAGUUUACACCAGCACAUCCGUGUCUGCCCCUCAACAAAACAGACAGGCUGUUCAUUACCAGAAUCACAGACAAAAUGUCACUUCUUCCACAUCCCCACCAAAUUACAAUGAAGUUGUCUAUCAGUCUUUCAGAAGGAAUAGCAUUACAACAGAUCCAUUAUCAAAUGGACAGAUUUGGCACAACUCCAACAUGAGUCAGAAAACUCAGCAAUACUCAGCUCAACUCAACUCCUCUAUUAACUCAAACUCAAAUAGCUAUCAGUAUGAAACCAGCUGUUUCUUGCAAGAAACACAUGAGCCUACCAUAAAUCCUGCUGCUGAUACACAACAGCAAACACUCAGAGCCCAGAUAAUUGCAAGAAUUGCAGACAGUCUACGCAGGUCGUGUGCUGCUGCCUCCAGUGGUUGUCGUCCAGUGCAUGCUAGUUCACCUAGUGAGGCCAGAACAAUGGAGUGUAAUCAAACUGUGCAACCGGUGACAUCAACUGUUGCUGAAGGUUACCACUCAAAUGCCACCCAGCCCUUACCUCUGCAUUCUGGCCAGUCUUUGCCUAACACCAUCAAAAGUGUUAUGUCAAGAGCACAGCACAUUGUAAAUGCACCACCUCAGCAAAGCUCUGUAGCAGAUGUUUUCUGUGUCACAACAACUGGAAUUGGAGGUAAAAAUGGAAGUGAGGCAGGCAAUGCAUUUUUUCCUGAAAAUAACAACAUGUCAAAGGGAGACCUAAUUGGAUCUUCAAGUGAUGGUUCUCAGCUGUUGCAGCUAUUGCAGAGAACCCAGUCAUCUGUAAUGAACAGCCCUGAUCUGCUUGAAAAGCUUUUAUCAGUCAACCAAAAUGACAGCUCCAUCCACUCAUAUCCUGGUCACACAGGCACAAGAGCUGUUGCUGUUGUGCAGCCAUUGUCACAAGAAAGCUACCAGGUCGCCAACAAGCAUACCUCUUCUAAAACCAUCAAUCAAUCAGACGAGUGCAUUGCAACAAAUACAUCUUUUAGUAACCAUGAGAAAUUUAUUUCACCAACUGUUGAAAUGAACAGAGAGGCUGAAAACCCAAAUCAAAUUCAGUCCAACAAAUAUGUAAUAAGACAUUCAGCAGCAUCCAGUGAUGGUACUGUUGCAGUUACUGUACAGUUAUGUGCAGAUGAGAAAGAAUCUGAGCUGGCCACUAACUUGCAAGUAGACUGCUGUCAUGCAUCAGCUGCUCAACGGUCAGUAACCUCUGAGACGCCAAGUCAAAAUGGCGAUAUGGACAAAAGUGAUACACUAGCUGGUUAUUCUGACCUGUCCUCAGUCCCAACAACCCCAUGGACAAUUGAUGGAUUACGUAACUUGAUUCAGGAUGCUAGAAAAGCCCAGAUGGAGUUACAAGAUAUUCCCGUGUGUGACAAAUUAUUAAGCAUGUUUUGGUUUGGCAACAGUAAACUGUUGGUAAAUAAGAUCAAGACAGGCUAUUACAAGGAUUUAAUCAUAGAUGUUACUAAAUUCUGCAGCAAACACGUAACACCAGACUCUGUCAUACUAUCACAAGUAAAACAAAGCCCUGGGAAGCAACACAAAAACUACUAUGUCCUCAAAGAUAAUGAAGUUUAUUCAGAACUGCCCUACACAUCAUCAUGGUUGAAUAUCAAUGAGCAAGUAGAUGACAUUGACAAAGAGUUUGGCUUCCCACCUUUGAUGCAUCGUUUUCACACAUUUGUGAGUGACCACCAGCCCGAUCACGUUGAGACAGUCAACAGCAUCCCUGCACUUAUUGAAAGUGAUCUGCCAAACAAAGUCUUGUCACAAACAGAGCUCGAACCUGUUGACUCAGGUGAUGAGAAACAAGCCUCCAUCGCUGAAACUAAAUCAACUCGAACUUCCUCUCAUACUGAGACAGAAAGUGACGAUUCCAGUGACCCAUAUUGCUCAUUUGAAAUCCAAAUUUUGCCUCUAGAAGAAGCCAAAGUUAUCUUCGAUCAAAUACAAAGUUCAACGCCACAAAGUAUGGCCACGGACAGUCAGUCAAAGGAAGUCAUGAAGAGUUUUGUGGAGGAAAAGGUAACUGAUGUUAGAGAAGUCACACUGAAUGACUCAAAAGUGGAAAAGGAGGUAGCCUCUGCAAUAGAUGAAAUUUGCUGUAUUGCACGGUGGAUGGAAAAAAUUGUUGGGUCAGAUAUCCCUUCUUUGAGUAAAUGCAAGUAUUGUAAUGGCAAGACCCUUGAAAUGGAAGAGUCAAUGGAAGAAACAAAUGAACUGUGUGUGAUCAGUAAAGUCCACUCUGACACAGAGGGAGAGAAUGAAGUGAAGGUCAAAAAUCUCAGUGUAGAUAUCAACCCAAAUGAAGAUGAUGAGAAACUUCACUCACAUUCUGACAGAGAAACCGAAAACAUUUCCUUGAUAAGCAUAAAUGAUAGCCAGUCAAGCAUUAUACUCUUCAGUGAAAAUGAAGAUCUCUCCUGCACUGAACGUGAAAUCCCUGACCAGAUCCCAGAUUUUUGCUGUCCGAUAUCAGAUCCUGAGGAGGACUGUGUACAAGAUCAGUUUAAUUCAGUAGUAAUUAGUCAGUCAGACAAUUCAGAUGAUAGCAAGAAAGAAACCAAAACGGUCCUCAGCAGUGAGGUUGCAAGCUACACAUCAGAUCCUGAGGAGGAUUGUGCACAAGUUCAACUGACAUCAGCAGAUAUGGCAGAGAUGUCAUUGGGAAUGGAAGAACAACAAACUAAAAUUAGUGCGAUGGCUGCCCCCCAAACAACUUUCAGUCUCAGUUGUAAACAAAGAAAGAGGAAGGCACUGAGCAGUCAGGAGCGAGUUGUUCCAUUCCUGAAGAAAUUAAAGAAAUGCAGAGCUUCACAGUCUGUCUUUAAGAACAUAAAAUGUAACAUGGUUUUUGUUGAUGCUACUGAUAGUGAACCUCCAGCCUCAAAUGUUAGAACCGCAGAACUGGUUCUGUAUGGCUCAGCACAUCAAAGUAAGGGCAUUGUAUCUGGGAACAGAAAGAGCCAUGUUUCAUCUCAUGUGUCUCCAUUUGGAGUUCAGAGGCCUCCAGAAGUUCUCUCUGUGAAUGUCAAUCCCCCGAAGAGAAAGUCCAGUAUUCCCACAUCAGAAGGUUCAGUCAAACAAAGGAUUUAUGAAAAAUGGUGGAGAAGUUGUCCACCAACAAAAAUUCAGCACACAAGGAAACUGAAAACACAGAAGCGUACCUUUGCUUCUUCAUCUGGAGUGAGUCUCAAGAAAACUGAAACGGCUGGCCACACCAAGACCAAGAAGUUGCCUCUUUCCUCUGAAAUGGGGAUCUGGAACACAAAUACCAAGUGUUUCCUGGGUCUGAAGAGGAGCAGAUCCCUCUCCAACAGACUCAAACUAGGAGAGGAGAAUAUGAGGAGGAAUGUGGUUUCACUCAAAAGAUCUAAUCAAGAGAGAAGUGAUGCUGAACGUGGAUACUGUGCUGUCAAGCCCACAGCAGAGAAGAAUGUCCUGAGGUUCAGUGUGUUACCCAACACCUUCAACUUUGUAGAUGGAUCAAACAGGAGAAAGGAAACCACUGAUCCUAUGUCAGAUGAGUCUGACUUUGUUGUAGGAACAAGAAGGUACAGGAGCUCCAGUAAAACUAUCAAGACGGCAAGAGGUUCAUGGUGUCCACGCCCUGAGAAGAAGUAUUGUCCUCUGGACUCGCCUCCUGUCACCAACACCUCUAGCCUCUUCCAGGAGUUUCAGAAGAAAUACAAGGACAAGACGCAGCCGUCCACAGAUAAACAAACAUGACAAGCAGACAACAGAGACAGAUUCUAAAAUUUCAAUAUUUAGUCCAAUAAUUCUCAGGGAAAUUCUUCAUUUGCUUUCUUUUGUAUUUUUGUGCUGUAUAUUCAAGUAGUGAAUUGAAAUUUUGCCAGCACACAUUUGCUUUUAACAGUCAAGCAAAUUAUGCUGUUUAAGAUACUUGUUUACACUUUGUUUACACACUCAUUGACUUCAGGUACCACUCCUAAUGUUUCACAAAAAUGUCUUACACAAAAAUGUAACUGUAUACUGCAUAGUUCAGCAGUAUAUUUCUAUUUUUCUACAUCCAAAUAUUUUUGUCAUUUUUUAAAAACAUUUUAAAUAAAGUAGUUUUAAAGGCUGUUUUAAUAAAUGCAAUCUAGUUUUUUAUAUACUUUGAAUGUAUAGUUUUAUUUUUGACAUUAAAUAUCCAGUUAAAAUCACAAAAGCAUCUCAUGUUGACGUACAGCAAGUUCAUAUGAGCUGUCUGGUUGCCUGUGUAGUAUACAGGAUGUUUUAUGUAUGUUUUACUUUUUGGAAUGUCUGAGGGUUUCCAGAUGUUUUCACUUUUUACGAGUUUCCUAUGUUUAAGUUAGCCCUUGGGGUUCAUGUUUAGGAUAAGAGUCAAGAAUGUGACCCCCAGACUAGUAGGGGUUAAAGGUGAGGGUUUCCUCUCACCCAUCUUCUUCCUUUUGACAGUGAAGGCAUUGAAUGAAGGUCCAGAUGUUUCUUAUGAACCAUGUAAACAACCAAUGUAUAUAUACUGGUGUUUAGAGCUGUUAGGUAGAGAGAUCCAUAUUGGCUCGGAUCCUCUCACAGGCUACUGCAGUGCUUGUCCGAUGCUGAACUACUUUGUAAUAAACUCCUAUAUACAAGUAA